AUGACAGAUCUAGGCGAGGUACUGGCGUCUCGUCUCGCACUUCAGGACGAGCGAUCACGACGUCAACGUCAACUGUUUGAAGACCAUCGUCGCUGGCUCAUCUCUGAACUCGUUUCACUUUCACCCAAUAACAAUAAUGUUAGCAAUAGUGAUGAUAAUGAUGUGAACAGAAAAAGACCAAAGGAACAAGAGAAGGGUCAAAUGUCAUCUCAGUAUGUGCGUGGUACCAAACAUGGAAGUAGUGUUCCUGUUGAGGACCGUCUGAUGGAGUACGGGCGGCAGAGACUAGAACGUCUGCAAAAGGCACGUCAAACUCACCAGGAGGAGGAGGAAUUGGAGGAGCAAAAAAUUCUACAAGCUGCAGAGUCACAUUUACAUAAGAGGACACACGUUCCUCUUUCUGUCAGUGCAGAGGAGCUUUCUCGCAUAAGGGCUCGAAGACACGAGCGUAUCAUUGAGCAAUCUGUGGGGGAGCUAAAUUUUCAUCCUAGAAUAUCUAUUGAGUCUGCACGGCUUGCACACGAGCGUAAAGUGAGAGAAAAUACUGAAGCAAUGCCUAUUGCAGAGACUCUUCUCUACCGCAAGGCUUCUGCGGAUGAGCGUUUAGAAAAGAAAAGAAGUGAAUCUAACACCAUACGUGCAUCCCCAAUGAUUACGAGGAAGGCAAAGGAAAUGAAACUCCCGUAUACAGCGGCGGAACGACUAUAUUUGCACGCGAAAGAAAGACAAAUUGAGGAAAAGGCUAUGGAGGGGAAAUUACACGAUAUUGUUGAAGAAAAUCUAGAAAUGACGUUUCAUCCUUUAAUAUCAGAAAAAGCAGAGAAAUUGCAAAGAAAACCGGGAAGACGAGCAUACAAUGAUCUAUAUGAUCAUGGUGUUCAACAGCAGCGACAGAAAUCUCUUAUCAGUAAUGAAAAAGACAAGGUUUGUUUUAAACCAAGUAUUAAUAGAGUAAGUGAAAUGAUUGCAACACAGAUGAAUGAGUCAACGACAGAGCGUCUUUUGAAGCCACGACAGGUGAAACGAGCUGCAACACCAUCACCACAAGUACAUAUGCGUAGUGAAGAUCUUAACCGACGUUUUGGACACUUGUAUCUGGAUGGUAUUGCAAGAAGUGCACGACAGCGUAAUCUUUUAUUGCAACAGCAGCAACAGCAGGAGUCUGAAUUACACUCCGAGUGCACUUUUGCACCAAAAAUAAAUCGGAGUCGUGUGCGCAGUAACAGCGCGGUGACACUUCCGCUGGAUGUACGCAUGCGUUUGUGGCAGGAACGGCGCGAUCAACGUUUAAGGACGGCAAGGAAGGAAAAGGAGGAAGAGGAAGAAGAGAAUGAGAGUGGGAGAAUUGGGGUAUCUACUACUACAACUACUACGCGACGCACAGUUCCUUCUAUAAAUGAGAAGUCCUCUGCUCUCUUUAAUUCUGCUUCUCUUACGGCCACACCCACACGUAGAGCAAUGAGUGGAUAUGAUCAUUCGAACUCUUUUCUCAUUGAGAGCAAGACCCGACCCAACAUGACGUCUUUGUCAAACUCUACGCAGUUGGGUGAACAUCAAGACACUAUUUUCAAGGCGUUACAGGCGUUGGAGAAUGCUGAGCGUGUGUCUCAAUACAUAAUGAUGGAUGGGGUAUCUUAA